ACAAUGAGUUUGCUCACUAGCGUCUCUGGUUUCGCAGCCUUUGGUGUGCUUGUACGUACAUACGCUCUUGGACUCCAGAAGCGUCCUCUUUUUGCCAAUCCCAGCGGCCACGCCAUUGCUGCCGGAGCCUUUGGAGCCUUUGGCUACUUUGCUUAUAACCUCCAGGAGAAGCAGCUCGCAAUCAUGGCCGGAAAGAAAGAGCUUUUGCUUAAAAACAGAGCACGCGCAGAAGAGAUCGCACAGCAGCAGCAAGCCGCCCUCUAG